ACUCCCACUCACCAGGCUUGACUUUGUUGUCUACAAAGAAGGUUUACUCUCAUGGGGACGGUGUCUCCCACUGACAACAAUCUAUCUCCGCCGUACAAUAAGGACUUUACAGCCGCCGGAGCUGCUGCCCCCAGGAAGCUUGAUGCUGGAGCUCUCUUCGUUCUCAAGUCCGCAGGAUCAUGGUUGCAUUGUGGGUACCAUUUGACAACCGCAAUUGUAGCACCAGCACUACUAAGCCUACCCUUUGCACUAGCGUUGUUAGGGUGGGGACGUGGCAUGGUGGUGCUGGCGCUUGCAGCAAUCGUCACAUUCUACUCCUACAACCUCCUCUCCUUAGUCUUGGAACACCAUGCUGCACUCGGUCAUCGCCAACUAAGAUUCCGUGAUAUGGCCCACGAUAUUUUAGGCCCAGGGUGGGGCCGGUACUACGUGGGCCCACUUCAGUUGGGCUCGUGCUACGGUGCUGUCAUCGCUUGUAUUCUUCUUGGAGGCCAGAGUCUCAAGUUUAUAUAUUUAUUGGCAAUACCGGAUGGGAGCAUGCAAUUAUCUCAUUUUAUUGCAAUAUUUGGAAGCUUUACCCUAAUUUUGGCUCAAAUUCCAUCUUUCCAUUCUUUGAGGCACAUAAACCUUGUCUCCCUCAUCUUAUGCUUUGCUUACUGUGCUUGCACAACUGUUGGCGCCAUCUACAUUGGGGAUUCGAAGAAAGCGCCUCCGAAGAGUUAUUCCUUGACCGGAGUUGGAAUAAACCGAGUUUUCGGAUUUUUCAAUGCGAUUUCGAUCAUCUGUACUACUUAUGGAAAUGGAAUCAUCCCGGAAAUACAUGCGACAAUAGCAGCGCCAGUGAAGGGGAAAAUGUUCAAAGGGUUACUGGUGUGUUACACGGUUGUGAUCUCGAACUAUUUCAGCGUUGGGAUUUCUGGGUAUUGGGCAUUCGGUAACAAAGUACAGAGCUCUGUUCUUCAAAAUUUCAUGGUGGGUUCAAACCCAUUGUUGCCCAAAUGGUUUCUUCUUAUGACAAACUCCUUCACUGUUUUGCAAGUUGCAGCUUGUACAUUGGUUUACUUGCAACCAUCAAACGUGGUUUUUGAACGUAAAUUUGCAGAUCCUGAGAAGGGUCAGCUUUCUGUAAGAAACUUUGUGCCUCGAUUGAUAUCAAGAUCGUUAUCUGUGAUCAUUGCGACAACUUUGGCUGCAAUGUUGCCGUUUUUUGGAGAUAUAAUGGCAUUGUUUGGAGCAUUUGGAUGCAUACCAUUGGAUUUCAUUUUGCCUAUGGUGUUUUAUAACUUGACGUUUAAACCUUCCAAAAAAGGGGUAGUUUUUUGGGUGAAUACUGUGAUUGGUGUUGCAUCAACGGGGCUAUCGUUGAUAGGGGCUGUGGCAUCCGUACGACAAAUUAUUCUAGAUGCUAGAACGUAUCGUUUGUUUGCUAACAUGUAAAACUGUGUUAUACUUUGUAUAUGUAUCGUUAUAAAUACAGAUUAAUUAAGUGAUGAAUAUA